AUGUUGAAUGAAAAUAUACAGGAUCUAGUUGAAGAAUAUAAAUCCACACGAAGAGAAUAUCCGUGUUAUAUGAGAACUAAUGAUGAUAGGAUGAUCAUAAAAUAUUAUAAGGGCAAUGUGUAUAAUAAGAUGGACUUAUUACGAUUGGAGAUGUGUGGAAAUUACUACAGAAUAAUUACUGAGGGAAAUGAUGAUAUUUGUAAAGAUACUGAUGAUAAUGGUGAAAAGAACCCCUUAGUCUUGUAUUAUCCCAACACCCAGAAAUAUGUUUAUCUAAGUGAUGAGUACCGAAAAUGUAUUGGAUUUAAAGAUCAAAAGUUCAUUAAAAAAAUGCAUUCGUUUGAUGCAUUGAUUGAAAAUGUAAUGAUAAUACCUGAAUCUGAUAAUAAAUGGGAUAAUAAUGAAUAUAUAAUUGAAGAAUAUUUCAAAUAUCUUAAAAGAAGUGAAGAGAAAGCUAAAUUUCGAUUAAGUGAAUUGCAGAAAUUGAAAAUGUUAAAUGAAAAGUAUUGUAAGAAAUGA